AUGAAGCGCGAGGCUGAGGCUGAGGUUCUCCUUCCCGAAUUGGUGGAGAAAAUCCUAAUAUGGUUGCCGGUAAAAUCCCUAAUUCGGUUCAGGUGCGUCUCUAAACAAUGGCUUUCUCUGAUCUCCAAUUCACGCUUUGCAAAUUUGAAUUAUGAUGCUGCUGAUGUCGCACCCCCCAAUAAGAACACUAGGCUUCUGUACUUGUCGAGUGAGGUUCCCGAGGCUCAUUGUGUAGAUGUGGAAGCUUCGAUUCUCUGCGAUUACGCGCUUCAGCUUCCUCUAAGUUGUCGUCAUUUCAACCUUAGUAUUCUAGGUUCAUGCAAGGGCUUCAUACUGUUACGCAUUCAUGUUGAUGGCGCUGCACUCCUUCUGUGGAACCCUGUAACUGGUUCUCACAAAUCAAUCCCUGACCCUGAUGCUCUUUUUUCGAUGGGUUUGGCUCGGGUUCUUUAUUGGUUAGCCUUUAAAGAUAAGCACUUGGAUUUGACGAUUGUUGCCUUCGACUUAGCCGAAAAUCAUCUAUCAAUGGUGUCAUUGCCAACGUCAGUCCAUUGCCCACCGUUUAAGCUGUUUGCUGAAUAUCUUGGGAUAUCUAUCUUGAAAUUCACAGACCAGAAGAUUGAGAUCUGGGUAAUGAAAGAGUUAUCUUGGACGAAGUUCAAUGUUGUGUUUACUUGUGCUAAUGGAAUCUAUGGAAUCCAGCAUUUGUGUUUCACUAAAGGUGAACUUGUUGCCACAAAAAACAAUGAGUUGGUCAAAGUCAGCAAUAAAGGUGUAUCGGUGGAGUCUCUAAGAAUUAGUCAUCAUGACCCUAACUUGAAGUCGGUUAUGUUUACUAAGAGUUUACUGUCACUUCCCGACGAGUUUGGCGGCACAGGGGAAGAACAAGACAGUAGGAGUUUUGGUUACAGUAGAGUUGAACUUCAACACUGGUUUCUCUCUCUUUCCUUUCUUCCAGACGUUCAUCAAGAUGGCAGUUUCUCAAUAUUUUUCAGUGAGUGGAAACUGUAA